AUGUGGACAAAGCUUAAAGAUAAGGAGACUGGGCAUUCAUACUUUUACAACACAGAGACAGGCGAAAAAACAGAUAGAAGACCUAUGGAGGGCUUUAGAUUGUACCACAUACUUAUAAAACAUGAGAAAUCGAGAAAGCCUGUAGAUGUAAGUGUUGACGAAGCCUUCUCUAGAAUAAAGGCAAUACACGAGGAUCUAAAAGCAAAGAUUCAUGAUAAAAGUUUUAAGGACUUCUUUAAAGAGGCUGCAUUCAAGUAUUCCCAAUGCUCGUCUGCAAAAAGAGGCGGGGACCUAGGGUUUGUAUGUGGAAACGAAAUGAUGAAGGAGUUUGAGAGGCCUGCGUUUUCUCUUCAAAGAGGAGAGAUUUCAGAGCCUGUAUCCACACCCUCAGGAUUUCACAUAAUCUACCGAAGGUAA